CGCAAGGUUGACAAUAGUCUACUAGGGCCUUCACGACAUCCGUAAGAGACAAAGCUACCUAGGUAGGACUGAUUCAAGCUAUAAUCGGCUUUAGAAACCCUUAGGCAGUCUCAUACCCAAAAGCCUCGUCGUUAAUAGGCUGGUCUACUACGAAGCCGCCAAAUGAAAUGUCGUCCACAUCAUCACCAACAAUCGAACACCCGUUCCUGGGUAGAAUCAAGGGAGUCCUUUUGGAAAACGACACCAUAGUGCAAUUCCGAGGAAUUCCUUUCGGAACUAUUCCCACGAGAUGGGCUGAUCCCGUUCUAGUAAGUGGAAAACUCAGCCAGGAUACUUUCGACGCAACUCGUUUCGGGCCAUCCUGCCCCCAAGGCGCUGGAGGACAAGAGUUCGAUGUUUCGCUGAUAGGCAACAUGCAACUCCAAGCGGAGCCGGUGAUACAAGACGAGGCUGAUUGCCUCAACCUGGUGAUUACCUGCCCGACAGGGCUUGCUGUGGGUACUAAGGUCCCGGUGAUGGUCUGGGUUCAUGGGUCAGUCUAUUCAUUUCUAAUGACCAUAAUUGUUUGUUACAGUCGCAGAUGUAUCUCUCCCGUCUUUUGCUAAAUCGAGUUCAGAGGCG